AUGUCACAACAUCACAUCAUCACUCCAAAUGCAUGCAUCUUUGAUAAGUGUGAGAGAACCAAUAUUGUGAAGUUAACUCUAAGAAGGAAUUUAAAAAUGAUAGAGAUGGUUGACCGUUGCCAGUUAACACAACUGAUAAUUAUCACUGCACAAUUAAAAACAAUUCAUUCGAAUUUUGACGACUGGCACUUGAAGAACGGUUUUAAUGUAUUUUCUUGUAAAUUAAAUUUACUUCUUUCCAAUGCAUUUCUUUGUUAUCCGCAACUGGACACUCCCACACCGUUCAAAGGUAGCGAAGUUUCUGGAAUAUUGAAGCAGGUUAACAUCCCGAAAGUGACGAGUUCCAAACAAGCACACCUGAAAGUGUUGAUCGUUCUUAAACGUUCAUACACAGUAUCCGUAUACAAAGUGGUUAUGCUUAAUAAUAUCCAAUAUGAAAAUUCGCAAAUUAUGAUGAUGUCGUAUUUGAGUAAAUGGAGCGACACUUUAAAACAUGUUAAACGUGAUUUGGCAAGUUGUUCCAAUACCUCAACAAUAUUGCUAUCAUCUGUUCCAGCUAUUCGGGAAGUUGUAGGACGAAAAGUUUCAAUCAAGGCCGAUUGUUAA